UUUGGCGCCAAAACGGUGACGUUGAAGCCCAUAGUCAAGGUCUUGCCGAAGCUGUUUGAGUCCAGAGACAAGGCCGUGCGAGACGAAGCGAGGCUGUUGGCUGUAGAAGUCUACAGAUGGAUCAGAGACGCAUUAAGGCCUUCCCUUCAGACCCUGACUCCUGUACAGCUGAAGGAGCUGGAGGAGGAGUGGGGUAAGGUCGCCCCCGGAGCCCCCAGACCGAGCCGUUUCCUCCGCUCCCAGCAGCAGCAUCAGCAGAAACACGUGGAAGCCGCGGUAGACGAGGCAGACGAUGUGCACGGAAACAGUGACGUUGAAGACUCUGUCCCUCAUAUGGAUCCCUAUGAACUCCUGGAUCCAGUGGACAUCCUCUCCAAACUCCCCAAAGACUUCUAUGAGAUAUUUGAAUCCAAAAAGUGGCAGGAAAGGAAAGAAUCCCUGGAUGCUCUGGAGACGCUCGCUAAGAACCCCAAGCUAGAAGCAGGGGAUUAUGGGGAUGUAGUCCGCGCGCUGAAGAAGGUCAUAGCUAAAGACGCCAAUGUGAUGUUGGUGUCUCUGGCUGCUAAAUGCCUCACUGGAAUCGCAACUGGUCUCAGGAAGAAGUUUGGGACGUAUGCUGGUCUUGUGGUGUCCGCAUUAUUGGAGAAGUUUAAGGAGAAGAAGCCUCGCGUUGUCCAGACUCUACAGGAAGCCAUCGACGCAGUGUUUCUCACAACCACGCUCCAAAGCAUGAGUGAAGAUGUUCUCGCGGUGAUGGACAACAAGAACCCCCCCAUCAAGCAGCAGGCCUCGUUGUUCCUGGCCAGAAGCGUCCGUCUCUCGGCCCCCGGGAGCCUGCCCAAGACCCUGGUCAAACCCCUCUGCAUCGCCCUGCACCUAGAGAGACAAGUGAAUGACUCGGCUCCUGAAGUGCGAGACCCUGCCUUUGAAGUCCUGGCGACGUUGAUGAAAGUCAUGGGAGUGCGCGCCGUCAACCCCUUCCUGGUUGACGUCGACAAAGCCAAGCUCGAGAAGAUAAAAGAGUUUGCCGACAAGAUCCAACUGGCUGGGUCGAAGAAGGCGGGAGAAGUGAAGGAGAAGUCUGUCGCUGCCCCACAGCCAACGGCGCAGCCGUCUGCCAAGCCUGCUGGACCCACCAAAAAGCCCCCCUCGGCCAAGGCAGCCGGGGCUUCUAAGAAGGCCAAACCUUCGGCCGGGGGGAAACGGCCCGACGGAGGGAAGAACAAGAAGGCGACGGAGCCCAAGGCCGUGGAGACUCUCUGUGAAUGUCCGGUCGUGACUGCUGUGUUUCUCCACCAGGUGGAGGUGUGUGAGGAGAGGGCUGCAGCUGUCCUCCCCACCACCUGCAUGCAGCAGCUGGACAGUGGCAACUGGAAGGAGAGGCUGGCCAGCAUGGAGGAGUUCCUCAAGGCCGUGGAGAGUAUGGAUGGUGACGAGAUGCCCUGCCAGGCUCUGGCCCGAAUGCUGGCCAAGAAACCAGGAUGGAAAGAGACCAACUUUCAGGUGAUGGGGCUGAAGCUACAGGUGGUGGCGGCGGUGGCCCACAGGGGCCGUUUCUUCAAGACCUCGGCCCUCGUGAUCCUGGAGGCUCUGGUGGACAAGGAUUGGGCCAAGGUCGCCGACGUCAAGUGCGGGGGGGAGGGCAAGGACGCGCUCACGGCCAUCGGCGAGGCCUGCUCCCUCCCCUGGACCGCUGAGCAGGUCGUCUCGAUGGCCUUUACCCAGAAGAAUCCGAAGAACCAAGCAGAGGCUCUCAACUGGCUGUCGAAUGCUAUAAAAGAGUUUGGAUUCAAAGGAGUCAACGUCAAGGCUUUCAUCACCAACGUCAAGACUGCUUUGGGAGCAACGAAUCCUGCGGUCCGAACGGCCGCCGUCUCCCUGCUGGGCGUGAUGUUCCUGUACCUGGGCGCAUUGCUGCGUGUCUUCUUUGAGGACGAGAAGGCUGCCCUGCUGUCUCAGAUAGACACAGAGUUCCAGAGGAUGCAAGGGCAGAGCACGCCAGCCCCCUCCAGAGGCUCCAGCAGAAACGAGGGCGAGGAGAAGGAGGGGGAGGCAAACGAGGAUGGAGUCGACGCGGCCGCGUCCGACGUCGUGGAUCUGCUUCCCCGCACAGACAUCAGGUGA